AUGGCCCAAGCGGCGACGGCGGCGGCGGCGGCGGCAGCCGUGCCCCUCGCGGGCGGCAGGGCGCGGGCGGCGCGCGCCGUGCUGGACCAGGUGGUGCUGCCGGGUGAGGAGCUGCUGCUGCCCGAGCAGGAGGAUGCUGAGGGCCUGGCGGGCUCCGGGGAGCGGCCGCUGCGCCUCAAUGCCGGCGUGCGCUCCCGGGUGCGCGUGGUGUGCGGCCCGGGCCUGCGGCGCUGCGGCGACCGCCUGCUGGUCACCAAGUGCGGCCGCCUCCGGCACAAGGAGCCCGGCGGCGGCGGCGGCGGCGGCGGCGGCGUUUACUGGGUGGACUCGCAGCAGAAACGGUAUGUCCCAGUGAAAGGAGACCAUGUGAUUGGCAUAGUGACAGCUAAAUCUGGAGAUAUAUUUAAAGUUGAUGUUGGAGGGAGCGAGCCAGCAUCUUUGUCUUACUUGGCAUUUGAAGGUGCAACUAAAAGAAACAGACCAAAUGUGCAGGUCGGAGAUCUCAUUUAUGGACAAUUUGUGGUUGCUAAUAAAGAUAUGGAACCAGAGAUGGUUUGUAUUGACAGCUGUGGACGAGCCAACGGAAUGGGUGUGAUUGGACAGGAUGGUCUACUUUUUAAAGUGACUUUGGGCUUAAUUAGAAAGCUGCUAGCUCCAGACUGUGAAAUCCUACAGGAAGUGGGAAAACUGUACCCAUUGGAAAUAGUGUUUGGAAUGAAUGGGAGAAUAUGGGUGAAGGCAAAAACCAUUCAGCAGACCUUAAUUUUGGCAAACAUUUUAGAAGCUUGUGAACAUAUGACAGCAGAUCAAAGAAAACAAAUCUUCUCCAGGUUGGCAGAAAGUUGA